AUGAAGAGUGACGAAGAUGGCGACAAAAGUUCAGAGGAUGAGGUUCCGAGGGUACCACCUCACUGCCAUAUUACAAUCAAAUGCACAAGAGAGAUCGCAGGAUUUAACGGCCUAUCAGAAGCGGUGCGUCGUUUGGACUUCUCAUCAGCUGUCCGCGAUGUCAGACGAUUCAAUUACAUCUGCGCAUUGUUAGAGCUACUUGUGUGUGGCCAGAGACUGACUCAUCUGCCUGGAGCCGCGCAGAAAUUGCUCCUGUCUAUGCUUGAACAGCUUGCGGAUCAAGUUGCAACAUCGAAGCAGAACUUAAACGCCCUAAGAGCGUUAGUGGUGGGGGUGACGGCUCUUCGUGAGGCCGAACGCCGCUCGUGCUGGGGCCGCCCGUUGGGAUCACGCGCCUUAUGGGGUCACCACGACCAUGCGAUCGCACGUAUUCAUAGGAUUGUUAACAGUAUUCGGAUACAGGAGCCUGGUCCGGAAGUAGUGCCUAAGCUUCAUGACUUACCUGAGGAAUGCAUCAGGGAGAUCCUACUGAGAAUAUCGGACCACAGGGAUUUAGAUUCAGCGUCGUCAGCCUGGUCUGUGAUGGCGUCACUAUGUUCGGAGCAUCGUGUGUGGCGGGAAUUGGUGAAUUUCCACUUCACGUCGCAGCAGAUCGACUCUGUUCAGAAGACUGACGCAGAUACUGACUGGAAGAAGCUGUUCCAUCAGCUCCGGAGGUUGUAUGGACUACGCGAAGACGCGCAAUACGCUGAGACAUUGUCUCUCUGUAGACAUUGCAAAUGUCUAUUUUGGCGUUCAUUGGGACACCCUUGUAUAGCCGAUCAGUGUCCCGAGUAUCGAGAGCGCCUGAAAGAAGCCGGUGGGCCUUUGCCCCCUCACCCAGUUCCGCCCGCAGCUUUCCUAAAGUUUUUCUCGCUGUAA